AUGAAGUUUCUUGCCGGUCUCGUCCACGUCGCCGUCGCGUCCCAAAUCGUGUUUGCCCGCCACGACCCCCCCGCCGUGGACACCCCAUCCUCCUACGUCACGGACAAGCUCGGCGAAGCCGCGGGAUUCCUUAGCCCCACUGUCGCGAACGACGCGUGUGAAGGGGGGCGUACCGUCGACCAUGUCACCUUUUGGAUGGACACGUCCAGAGUGGCCCCCAACACGACGCUGGAAGUCGCUAUAUGCCCUUCUGUCGAAGGCGUUCCCGGCUGCACCGAGUCCACCAUAUUUGAACAAAUUGACAUUUUCAAGUCCGUCAAGCCAGAGAUGAUUACAUGGACCCCUGCCUCGUCGAUCGUCCUGCCUCCGUCGACCCUGCACUAUUUCGUCGUCUUCUCGAGCGCCGACCACCUGAACCAGGCGCCAAAGUGGUAUGACAAUGCCGACGAAGACAACUCCGUCAACAACCCAACUCACGCGUACUCAAACGAAUUCGGUCGCUGUGUUGACUAA